AUGACCUGUUAUGAAUAUCUUCGAGCUGCAAAGGUUUGGGUUGACCAACUUGCAGCUGUGGGACAUCCAAUUGAUGAUGAAGAUCUAAUAUCUUUUAUCAUUGGUGACCUAAAUGCCAUAUACAAUUCAUUCAUUACAUCUUAUAUUUUUGUAACCCGUGAAAAUUCAUUAAGCUUUAAGGAUUUUCAAAAUGAACUUUUGAAUCAUGAAAUGUUGCUUAACCAGCAGCAUGCCGUUACUCUUAACUCUUCUACAUUUGCUUUGUUUACUCAAAGACCAGGUGCCAAGCAAUAUCAGUUCAACUCAAAGGGAAAGAUGCCUCAACAAGUCAAAUACCCCCUCAUGAGAUCUAGAAUGCCACUCAACUCCAAUGCUGCUAGAGGACCUAACUUUUUUUCUAGUGAAAGUUCUAACAAUGCUAGUGGUGGUUCCCAUUUCAACACUGCUGAUGCAUCCAACUCUAGCAAAUCUCCAAGAGCUCUAUGCCAAAUUUGUGGCAACACAAGCCACCAAGCAUUAGACUGCGUCCACCGCAUGGACUUCUCCUAUCAAGGUAGGCACCCACCUCCACAGUUAGCAGCCAUGGUAGCCCAAACUAAUGCUGCCAUUAAUGAUCAAGAAUGGUUUGCUGAUAGUGGUGCAAAUGCCAACAUCACCAACAAUCUGGAAAAUCUGAACAUCCAACAACCUUUUGAAGCGAAUGAGACUGUUGAAGUAGGAAAUGGAUCAGGCCUUACCAUAAAUAAUGAUGGUUCAGCUCUUCUACAUACUCCCAAAUCUCAUUUUCAUCUCAAUAAAUUCUUCACUGUCCAAAUGCAUUUGCAAAUUUAA